AUGCUGGAGUGGAGUGGUAUUGGCAUGAAGGACGACAAGGACGACAUGGACGACAAGGACGACAAGGACGACAAGGACGACAAGGACGACAAGGACGACAAGGACGACAAGGACGACAAGGACGACAAGAACGACAGAGGACGACAAGGACGAAAGAGAACGACAGAUAACGACAAUGACGACAGAGGACAACAGCGACGACAGCAAACACUAGACGAGGGCGGGAAGAACGGGGGCCAGGGCGUCGUAUUCGCUCCUGCUAGUGCCAAGGGGCGCUUCUAG